AUGACCGAAAGUGAAGUGUGGAACUGGCUGGAAUUUUUCAGAGACAACUUCCUGAACCAGAUUACAUUUCCACUCUCCAAGCCGUCGGAAAUUAUUCCAGAUCUUACCAAAGAAACAAAAGACUUACAACUGCGUAGCAAAUACUGUAGAACAAGAUCUAAUCGCCAGAUGAAAGGAUCAACAAAAAAUUGGCAAGUUGACUUCCUCACAAAAGGUAUCGAACUACCUAGCUCUCAGAUUCACGAAUGGAAGGAUGUUAGAGUUCUGGGAGAGUUUACUAAACAGCCUGCUAGCUCUGAAAGGAAAGACAAGUUUCUCCAACUGUCUAGACUCGCGCUCGAGGUUUUUUCCUCACAGCCCCUACGCCACUUCGUACAUGGGUUCUGCUUGUUCAAAGCACACUUUGAAUUGUGGGUAUUUAAUCGGUCAGGCGCAUAUAGCUCGGGCUUGAUAGAAUUAACAGCUCAAAAGGAGAAGUUGGUGCGAGCGAUAUCCUCGUACUUGCUGAUGAAUGAGCAAGAACUUGGUAUCGACUCAUCAAUUCAACAGUUUAACGGAAGGUCUUUCAUUACAGUUGAUGACGAGAACCUGAAAGAGACUAGGGUAUUCGACGUCAACCCUGAUCCUAUAUUUAAGGUAGGGACACUAGUUACUCGCGGCACAACCUGCUAUGAAACUUCAGAUAAAAACUACGUCGUAAAAUACUCAUGGAUUAGAAAUCCGGGUAAGUCAGAAAAAGAUUUCUUGCUAGAAUCCCGCGGAACAGAAGGUGUAGUCGAGUACGUCAUGGCAGAUGUAGUUUACAGGAUAAGUGAUCACCUGAAGGGACUCAACUUUGGCAAAGCAAAGAGCUGGAACAUGCGAGGCCAAGACCAUUUCAUCUCUCUGGGUGAAGGUGUGCAGAUCUCGCCUCUCAUCCCCAGUCUGAGAGAUCGAGAGCUCACCAGAAUAGUCAUGUUGCCUCGUGGCCGCAGUCUCCGUUCCUGUCAGACAGUAAUGGAGUUUCUUGUAGGCAUUCGAGAUGCAAUCUUGGGACACCAACGCCUAUUUGUCAAGAAUAUACUGCAUGGCGAUAUCUCGGAUAGCAACAUAAUUCUGGUGUCCGCCGGUGGUGUGUCUAAAGGGGUAUUAAUCGACCUAGACCAUGCUGUCAAGGUUGGAGAAGCUACUGAAAAGAACGACAAUCUCAAGUUGACAGGCACCAUGAAGUUUAUGGCGCUUCAAAGACUUUACUAUGCAGCAAAGUUCAGGAAAUCCAUAGCACGUACUUACCAUCAUGAUCUAGAAUCAUUUUUUUACGUUUUUCUCGUGGGAUGUAUAGAGUAUGAAUAUCGCGAUGAAUCGGAAGAGGUGAAAACCCUACAUGACUGGUGCAUUAAGAAUAUGAUGACAAACUUUCUAACUAAGCUUUCCUGUGUAAAUUUGAUGCAAAUUAUCACACUCGAUUUGUUUUCGCCGAGUUUUGUGGAAUUGAAGAAAUUAGCCACCAGUCUACGAACGGUAUUAUUUGGAGACGGAGGAAUUGAUUUCCAAACGCCUGAUGACCACGAACGUAUUUAUAAAGAUAUGAUUACGGCAUUCAAUAAAACCAUUGAUCAGAUCAAAGGUAAGUUUAAAGAACUUUUCACAGUAGCUGUUCUCUUUCACAAGUAUCAUCCUGACAAGUUUUCCAUUAAUUAG